CGGGACAGACACCGGGUGCCGCUGCCACUCUGGUCCUCUGAGUCGGACCGGGCUCGUGCCAGAUCCUCGUUGUAAGCUACUACAGUACAGUACGUGACCUACAUCUGACGUCAAAGGAUUUCAUAAAGGAGUGUGGAGACAGUUUCCAUGGUCCAGCCUCAUCCAGCAAAAUGAUUGGCUCGUCCAGUCUCUCAGGAGACACCUUGAUUGCGUGUCACUUCCCCGUGGUCCAGCUUCCCACCUGGCAACUUCCCGUCCAGGCUUUGUGCGGCUCGGCCAAACGGUCCGGCCGCCUCUGCACAGCAGGCCUGACCAGAGCUGUGUCUCUACCGGAGCAAGACUCCGUCAACCGAGAGCAGGCCUUCGCUGGGGUUCGGAGACCUCUCUCCAGCAGUUACGGCAGUCUCAACGAGGAGCGGGCGGAGGAGGAGGGCACCAGUGACAGCAGCGGGAGAUACGACUCCACCUCCUCACCGGAGGAGACGAGUUCCGAUCAAAAGAAAGAAAACUCAGAGGCUCGAGGCAGUGUGCGGUCACACAACUCAUUUCUUCCGAGCACAGAGUUAGAUGAGGAAGAUGAAGACAGUGAUGGUGAUAAUCUGCACAGAUAUCGUGAAGACUCGUCUUUUGUAUUGCAUGGAAACUCAAAUUGGCCUCUGAGUGGUGGUGCCAGGAGUUGCACAACCCCACAAGGAGACCUGGAUAGUGAACGUGGCUAUGAUGGGACUAAGAGCGAUCAAGACUGGCUCUCUAACCCUAACCCCUACCAGCUGAUGGACUCGCCGCACGCUGAUUAUGGAGAGCAGGACUCGGACAGACUGAAGGACAACAGCCCUCAGGGUUGUUCUCAAGCGUUGUUGUCCAACACAGAGGACAUCAGCGACUCUUCCUGUAACAGUUCUGACGGCGUCUUGGUGAACUUCUGCGCGAUGUACAACAGGAGCAACAGCCCCGUCACACCUCACGACCUCAGCAGCCCUGCACUUCACCCCUCUCGGUCCUGUGAGGGAUCUGUGUUCCUCAACCUCCAGCCUGUGCGGCUGACUCCCACUGAGGACGUCCAGCAACAUGAUGUGACCGUGAGCUCUCCCCAGGAAGAGCUUGUCGAUGUGACACCCUCUGCUUCAUGCUGGUCUCCACAAGGCCUCGACUCUAACUGCAACCUGUACUCUUUAGAGCUGAUACCCCCGGGUCUUUCCUCUCUGGAGGUGUCCGACCUGACUGCCUGUCUCCAAACCCAGACCACAAUGGCCAUGGAGACCAACCAGAAGUACUACAAACUUGUGACUUGUGACCUUUCCUCCCAGUCACCCAGCCCGGCCUGGUCCAGUCUCACUAGUUUCCCCGAAGGUCUGAGCAAAGGAAGCCACAUCCCUCUCUCUGAGCACGUCUUAAAUCAUUACAACAAAGAAGUAAGGAAGGAUAAAGUUGAUGGACUAAAAGAAAAGCUGUUCUCCUCACCACCGUGCGGCUCUGGGUUGGACGGCUCCCUGUUUCAGACUCACGAUGACCAGGUUGCCACCACUUCCACUGACCAAGCCCUCUGCAGGAAGAAGUGUACAGCAGUGUACAGCAGUAACUGCCAAGACAUGUGUGCUGUGUCCACACAGCCAUCUGUGAGUUCAAACCAGGAGCGCUCUACUACUGAUUCUACUGACAAAGGUACAUGCUCAUUGGAAAAUGGAGUGGUGCGCUACAGUAAAGCCCAGAGGCCAACCUCGCUGCCCAUUCAGCCCUUUGUUCUUAGUCCUGCAGCCAAAUCCCAGUCCCAGACUCAGCACCUGGGCUGUCUCCUGGAGCAGUACAUCAACCAAAAGAGCAGCAAGUCUAAAAGCUUCCGGCCUGGCUUUAAUGGCAAGAGCAAAACGAGUCUGUGCUUUUCUAAUCUUCAGCCGUCGCCCAUGGGCAGCUAUUGCCCCAUCCUCCUUGAAGCUCCUUCAAGCACUGACACCUGCUCCACCUGCACGCCAAGCCCAGAGUGCUUCAGCCGCAGACGCACAUGGUGCCAGUUCACGAGAAGCCAAGAGCGUCUGAGUCGGUGUACUUCAAAAAGCAGCCUGGAUUCGUCUCACUGCAGCCCGAACCCCCGACCAGUUCAAGUGCAGGAUAGCAGAAACCCAGGCAAAACUCAGAACAACUAUUUAUUCAAUUUGCCCUCAGUCAUAAAUCAGUCGAACCUUGUCAAAAUUCCGACCUACCAGAACCUGAUCAACCUCUCACCGGAGCAGAGCAGUCAUAAACCUCACACUCUCCGUGAUUUCCACAGUCACAUCUCCUACCAUUCAAUAUUUUCUCACCCACCGCCCAUUUUACCCGUAACAACUGAUUUGCAUCGCCAAGACCCGCACGUUUACUCAUCUCCUCCCACUUUCUCACCAUCGGAGGAAGAAAGAUUCCCGCAGCACGGAGCUGCACCUGCAGUCAACGCCGGCUGCUUUCACAGUAGCGUUGCAGCUGCCCUCUCCUCAGUCGCUCCCCUCUCCUCUCUGAGCUCCCUGCUGUCUCUGGCUGGCUCUGGGCUCCAUGUGCAGGGGAUCCAGGACUCUGUCGGGCCCUGUGGGAAACACAGCCCCAGUCAGCAAAAUGAAGCGCUGAUGCCGGGUGACAGGCCUCCUACAGAGUUCUGCCUCUCGCCCGACACGUCAUACGAGUCCCUAUCUAUCAGCCAUCUUCAGAGGAGAGGUCUGCUCAGGUCUGUGAGCAGGGCAGUGGAUUUGAUCAUGGCUCAUUUUGGCAGCAGCAGAGAUCCGGAAGAAAAGAUGCGUCUUGGUAACAGCUCCUGCAGUCCCACAAUUGCAGGUCUGGUACUGAAACAUUUGUGUCCAUCAAUCCAAAGAAUUCUGGAAGACGGACUUAAGGAUCACAACCUGGAUCUCAUUAUUGGACAGCGUCGCAACCACUGCUGGACUGUGGUUGAAGUCUCCACGAGGAUCACUACUUGUUCAUCCACUAAAGUUCUCCACAGCUUGGUCUUAAAAAUCCAACAGUGUCCUCAUCUCACCAGCCACUGUAUGAGACUCAGAGCCUUCUUAAUAGGCUUGCUUAACCUACGAGGCCUGGAAUUCUGGCUCAGUCUCCUUCACAGUCAAAAAAAUGUGGUGACAACAUACUAUCAUUCUUGGGGGUUCCUGUCAAUGUCACUGGGACGGUGUCAGCCCUUGUUUCAGGAGCUGCUGCUCCUACUGCAGCCUCUCUCUAUGUUACCCUUUGACCUCAACGUGCUCCUGGAGCCCAGACUGUUGUGUAACAGACAGCUGUUCUCUGAAGAGCCGAGAGUCUCUCCUCCUGAGCCAAGCUCAGCCUUCCUGGUGACCAGCUGGCCACAAUUACGAGUGGGUAGAAAGAUGGAGCGUUUCCCCGACAGUCAGCAAACCACUUCACACCAGAAUGGUCUGCGUUGCAAAGAGUCGCUCAGUCCUCUGGAUUCAAGUUGCACCAGUCGGCACAGUGGAGGGUUGCAGGAUAACAGGAGUCCGUGGUUAGCUGCGGUUCCAGAGUGCUGGCAGAAAGAGCCUGACCUCAUGGAUGGUGUGGCUGAAGGAGAAGACUGUAGUCAGGUUUGUACCGAUAGCUGGUCUCAAAUAAGUAUGAGCACUGGAAAGGAAGAGACGGGGAGCGAUAAAGACAGUGGGAGCCCGCAUGUGUCCACUUGUGUCCAGGUGGACAGCCCAUGUCAGAGAGGGCCACGUUGGGCCAAACUGUUCGGAGCAGCUGUCACGUCCACCAGAGCAGAGACAGUUUCUCAGAGUUUGGUUGGAGCAAAAACUAGAAGGCGACCAUCUGAGUGGCUUCAUUUGGACAGAUCUCAUCUUGGACUCUUGGCUCAGUCCAUAAAGGCGAUGAAGCUGGAUCCUCUCGCUGCGGCUCUUCUCCAGAGCUUCCUUGGAAAGUUGACCAAAGACCUGGGAUAUGUCCCGUGAAGAAAGGCACCACUCCACUGUUUGGUGGGUAGAUAGACGGCAGGGGAGGUGUCGUGAUGUCCUUCCUUCCUGUGGAUUCUUGGGACGAGGGGUCACUCCGCUGGUGCUUUCCAAACUUAACCAGUGCCUGGUUGGUGAUGAUGGGGUAACCUUUACCGAUGAGAAAACGGGUCUUUGGCACAUGCCCUGUAAAUCCUGAGAGAAGACAAGACUAUUUUAGUAAUUAUUUGGCAUUUAUAAGCAGAAGUAUACAUAUACUAUGUGUGUGGUUGACCUAAGACAUUUCCCUUUUACUUUCACUUUCACUUCAUACCUUUAGAGAAACAUGUAACAGCAAAUAACCAGAAAUUUUUCUCUUGGGUAAGAAAAAAUUACUCAUACUGGGUAAUUCCACAGAGAGUUCCCUCAAGUCGCUCCAUGCGACUCGCUCUCUAAGUUUCUCUGUAUCGCAGUUUCUUUCCAUUUUCAUGUCCUGUUUUUGUUUCCCGUGCUCUAGAAGAACCACGUAGCAUGAGUAAAGCGAGACGACUUCAUUUGCCACCACGAUGACUAAACAUAACAUAAAUUUAGUGAGCUACAAAUUUAGUUCUUUCAAUCAGCUCCACAAUAAACGUCAACUUCUUUUAAUCAAGAUCACAAAUUCGGUCUCUUGUGAACGUGAUCAUGUGGUUCUGAAAAUGUGAGCUCCGCCGACAGCGGCUGCUGUUUCCCUCACCAUGCAGCUCCAAAUUAAGUUCUCUGGCUGUAUUACAAAGAUCCACAGGGGGUGAUAGAGGUUCCAUACCAGAAUCUUUUAAGCGUUUAAUAUGAUUUUUAAAUUGGUCUAUUACACAACAUUGAGAUAUGGUCACAAAGUAUGUUGUACAGUAAAUUUAGUACCAACUGUCACAACUGUGGUACCUGAGAUAAAGUACUUGUGCUGGUCAUCGUCCUCCAUGUAGUACGGUGAGGUGUGGGUGAAGGACACCAGAGGUUUAUAGGUGAUCACUCUGUCUGUGAUCGCUGUCAGGGGAGGUUUUGGUCUCUGUGCCAGAGGAUGACAAAUACAACCAGUGAGAGAUUCAUGACUCUCACACGUAAUUGUGUGGAGGAUUCUAGGUUUAUAGCAAUAUAACCUGCCAAAAUGGCAAAAGAAAAUGAAGCAAAGACAAGUCACGUGAUAUUUUCACAUAGUGCCAUAGUGUAUAAGCCUUUAGGGGGCAGUGUUAUGAUCUGAGAUCGCUUCAGUUGGUCAGGUCUAGGUUCAGCAAGGUUAUGUCAGCGUCCCUUAAAAUACUGAUUAAGCUGUUUGUUUGGGGGACACAUUCUAAGAUGCCAGGAUUCAUCAGACUUGAGUUGUUAAAAAAUGGUUCCAUCUUUGUUACUCAUUACUACCAAAUAAAAUCAGAAGAAGAAGAGUUGGUAAUGGUCUGUAUUUAUAUAGAGCUUUUCUAGUCUUGAUCAGCUGCUUUACACGAUAGUUUUCAUUCAUGUGCUUCAACAUGGGCUUAAGUGUCUUGCUCAAGGUCUUUUGA